UCCCAUGGUUUUUCCCUAUGUUUUUUCCAGUCGACGCCCAGUUUGGUCACGGACGGCAUAGGCUACUGAAUUCUGACUGAAUGGUAACUUCGAUGCGCAAAGUUCUCCUACCUUGCAUGGAUUAGGCUGAGUCAUGAAGAGUUUCGUGGAACUGUUGACGGUCUGUGCCAUUCUACCAAUAUGUCUCGCUGGACAAGGUGACCCAGAACGCCACUCACUGUACUAUGUGUACACAGCCCUGUCAAAGGCUGUCAAUGCACCAGGCAUCUUUGAAUUCACUGCCAUGGGCCUACUGGAUGAGAGAAAGAUUGAUUACUAUGACAGCAAACACCAAGUCAAGGUUCCUCAACAGGACUGGAUGAGAGAAAAGCUUCCAGCGGACUACUGGGAAAAGGGCACCCAGUCACGUAAAAGCAAAGAGCAAUGGUUCAAAGUCAAUGUGAACAUUCUGAUGGAACGCAUGAGACAGAAUCAAUCUGAUGUUCAUGUCCUUAUGUGGAAACAUGGAUGUGAAGCUGACAAAAUGACAGACGGUUCUUUCAAGUUUGUUCGUGGUGUUGAUGCAUACAGCUAUGAUUCCCAUGAUUUCCUUUCCUUUGAUGAUGCAUCGAUGCAGUGGGUUGCCCCAGUUACUGAAGCUGUACCCACAAAACAGAAGUGGGAUGGGGUUCCCAUCCUCAAUCAGUACACCAAGGGGUACCUGGAGAAGGAGUGUGUGGACUGGUUGAAAACUUUCAGUGAAUAUGGGGUUAAGGCCGUAGCAAAAAUGAUGGGAGAUUCUCCACCAGAGGUUCGUCUUUUUGCCAAAAGAAACGGAUCUCCAGAUACAUUUCAUUUGACCUGCAUGGCCACAGGUUUCUACCCCAAAGAAAUUGACAUCACCAUUCUGAAGGGAGAGGAGCCUGUAAAGAGAGGUCAUAUUAGGGAUGUCUUGCCUAAUGGCGAUGGAACCCAUCAGAUCAAACUGAGUGUGACAGCCCAAAGGUCAGACAUAAACAAUUAUGGAUGUGUGGUGAACCACAGAACCCUGGAGGGACCAAUUAAGACAGUUUGGGAAUUGGAUGGAGAAUAUUUUGACUAUACCCCUUCAUUCUUGACUGGAGGCAUAGUGGCAGCGAUAGUUGGAGUGCUGAUAUUGCUGGGGAUCUUGGGGGGCUUGGCUUUCUACAAAGGCAUUAUUGUGUAUGAAGAUGGCCGUCUCAAAUUACGUCUCGGCCGUCAACCUCCAGCUGAACCUAGACCUGCAGCUGCAGCUGGAGCUGCAGCAGAAGCACUAUUGUUGGAUAAUGGACAUGGCCCCCCACCUGUGAUGGCAUCAGUACCGCCUCCUGUGGAAAGGCCUUUGCAGGGUAAUGGACAUGUGAAGGGAGGCGACAAUGCGGAUUCUGGUAAAGGAAGUAGUAGUGGUUCAUCUGACGGAUCAUCCAACAGCAGCAAUGAAAAUGUUUCCAAACAAGCCAAUGCGGAUUCUUGUCAAGGAAGUAGUAGUGGUUCAUCUGACGGAUCAUCCAACAGCAGCAAUGAAAAUGUUUCCAAACAAGGGAAGACAGUCAGCAUUGAUUCUGGUAUAGGAAGUUCUGCACGUGUAGAACAAUCCAUCAACAUCGCUGAAACAUGAAACAACGGAUGAAGCUCAAGAAUGCCCCUACCAGCUAUUGUCCAGAACGAUCAAGUUACAAAAAAGUGUUUGAUUUUGGGGGGGGGAUUUUAGUAACUUUUCCUUGAAGUUACUAUAUUUUUACUAGUCAUUUUACUGUAUUGUUACUGUUGGUGCAGGUGCUGGGUAGCAUGUGGUUUGGAUUAGUAAUUUGUUUAUGAUGGUAUGCAAAAGAUGAUUAAGUUGUUAAGAUUACUCCUCAACCUCUCUGUACAUUGCCAUCCAUUUCUAUUGUCCAGUGUUUAGGACUGACUGUUGAGUUAAGUCGAGUCGGCAGGUGAAAACCGUUUCCAUGCACUGGCUAAUUUCGAGAUGUUGGGCUAGUUUGCUAAUAUAUUCUUUCACACUACUCCAACAACAAAGUCUGAUUUACACAUUUAGGUGUUUAUCUCAUUAUAUUUUGUGUACUCACGUCUAUACAUUUCUUCAAAAUUCACUAAAAGUUCUAACAUUUCAUGCACUACCGCGACUGCGAUCUGAAGCAUAUCAUAUGUGAUACCGUUGGAAAGAUCUGUUUUUCCCAGACAGAAUCUCUUUGGCAGAGUUUCUUUUCCCACUCUGAACAUGAAAUCACUUCUAAAGCACUUAGAUACACCAAACUCUAUUAAUGUAAGUAAUCUACUGGAAGUUUCUUAAUGAUAUCUGCUGUUGAAAGUGUUACCCUAUUCGCCUGUAGUGUCUCGCCUUAAGUGUCUUCACACCCAUUAGUUAUGGUUAAAUAAUUGGGUCAUGGGUGUGUAUUUUAAGGUAAGGUAGUGCCUUGAAAUUGAAAAGAGGAGACACUCUAAGUUUUCUGUGUCUUAAGUGGAGACAUGUUUGACAAGUGUGAUGCAGAUAAUGUGCUUAUAGCAGGCUUGUGCAAAGUUCAGAACUGAAUUUGAAUGGAGGUCAAAAACAAUAUAGAAUUACAGUACAUGAGCAUGUACAAUCACUUUGUCAUGUUAAGCUUUAAGUCUAUCAUGGACGGAUACAAUUUAAUGGCUUAUAUUCCAGUUGUCAAUGGAGAACUUUUAUGAAAUUCUUACCUCAGGAAUCGGCAGUGGACGGGACUGUUUAGCUCUAUGGAGGCCAAUUGAAAAUUUGCACAAGCAUAGCUUAUAUAGUUGUGCAAAUCUGGGUAGGUUUCACUAACUGUGGGAUACUUUUGAUUUUAGUGUAGCAAUUGUUUAAAAAAAAAAAAAAAAAAAAUGUUUUGUUAUUUUUUCAAAUGCUGGAUUGAGGAAAGUGUCUGUUGGUGACGUAGGCUACAGUAUUUGUCAACACACUGGGGCGCUAAUAUGAAGCUGCUAUCAAACUAGCACUUUUCGGUAAGGGAUUUUAGCUCGGAAAGAUUGAAAGCGUUACUCUCGCCAUAAUGCAACUUAGGGUGUUUUUUUUUAUGAAAGUACCAGAGUCAAACUUUCAUAAUUAUGUCAGAAGCGCCACUUUUAAAUGUCAGUUUUGAGGUCAAAUGGCCACUUGGGGGCCACUACUAUUUUGAUGCAUGAUGCCAUCAAACUUGCUUUUUAAAAAACGCUACAUGAAACUUUGAAGUAUCACCAGGGUCUCUAUACAUGAACUCGAGCAUGGAGAUGGAGAACAUUGUUUGUGCACAGAAAGUUUAGUAUAAAGAAAGGUUUUAUUUUGGACAAAUCACUUGUAAAGGAAUGUUUGACUUGUGACAAAAAGACCCUAGGUUACAUUUUACCCACUUAUGCAAGGCCUACAUAUUCAGUUUCAUCCCUUCUCACUAUUCUUAUUUUACUGUAUGUAACCAUCUUGUCAUACAAUGUAUUGUCAUUUCUUUAUCAUCUUUAAUAAAUACAUUGAUAAUAC